GCCAUUGGAACUUGUUGUAAAAAAAGUCCCUGUGUCAUAAAGACCUACAUCAUGAAAGCUGCUAUAAUUGUACUUGUACUUGCUGCCUGUCAACCAAUAUCGGCAGUGCCAGCCCAGGGCCCAAUCUGCGGACGUCCACCGAGCCUUCUCUGCAAUAAACAACACAACUCGAAAACUUUCUGGUAUUUCGACUCCGUCAACGGAGAAUGUGUCGAAGAUCAAGGGUGUAUAAUACCUGAUGAAGAUAACUUCGAAACCAAAGCAGAGUGCGAGCGAAAUUGUCGACCCAGAAAAUUAUUAAUACCGUAUUGCAAAGAUUUGUUGGACAAGUUGUUUGCUCCCACUCUAUUGAAGGGUGAAAUACACAAAUUACUCCGGCAUGGGUGCUACAAUUGAAAACCCAUUGAAAAGUGACUUUAUCCAACCACAAUUUUCAAAUAAUCUGUACGAUAAACACAAAUAAUAACGAAUUUAGAAAAAAAAUAUCUUUAAAAAUGAA